AUGAAGGUGAAGCCCAUAGGUUGUCUAGCUAUGAUCGAUGAAGGUGAGCUUGAUUGGAAAAUUGUUGCAAUUUCAUUGGAUGAUCCACGGGCCCCACUUGUGAACGAUGUUGAUGACGUGGACAAACAUUUCCCGGGGACUUUAACUGCAAUUAGAGACUGGUUUAGAGACUAUAAAAUCCCAGAUGGAAAACCAGCCAAUAAAUUUGGACUUGGCAACAAAGCAGCUAAUAAGGAUUAUGCUUUGAAGGUGAUUGCGGAGACAAAUGAAUCAUGGGCUAAGCUUGUGAAGAGAUCAAUUCCAUCUGGGGAGCUUUCCCUUGUGUAAAUAUGAAAUUUCCAUAUCAUCAAUUUUUUGGUAAGUUUUAUUCUUUUUUCUUGAAUUUUUGCCAAUGCCCAAUAGAGAAAUAUGUGAUUUUAUUAGGGUUUGUUUGGUAUGAUGAAACAUUGAAAUGUAAUCGCAAAUGAAUGUAUGGUAUGAUGCAAACAUUGAAAUGUAAUAACAAAGGAAUGGAAUAACAGUAAUGGAAC